UUUUUCCUCUUUUUUCCAGCUUUUUUUCCGGCAUUCCAGGAUCCCAAAAUCCCGGAGCUGUCGGAAUUCCAAGGAAAAAUUCCCAAAAUCUUCGGGAUCGGCUCGGAAUUCCGGGAGGAGAUGCAGGAAAGCUACGAGAGCGUCAUUUCCUUGGCCGAGGAAAUCGCCAUCAGCUGGCCGCGGAUCACCGCCUUCGCCGAAUCCCACCGGAGACGCGGCCUGGGCGCCGACGCCGCCCCGGCCUCUCCGAGCGACAACGACGAGGAAGAGCCUCCCCCAGAACCUCUGGAAAAACCCCAAACCCCCGGAACGCCGCCGGCUCCGAAUCCCAAAUCCCCCCAAAACCCCGAAACCCCCAAAUCCGGCGCGGCCGAAACCCCGAGAGCGGAAUCCCAACCCCGAAAAAACCCGGGGAAACGCCAAGGAAAAGCCAAAAAAUUGCGGAAUUUCCGCUGCCACGACUGCGGCAAAGCUCUGGCGCCGCCGCCCAAACGCCGGCGAGGGACGGAACGAUCCCAUCAGUGCCAGGAAUGCGGGAAAAGUUUCCGCCUGAGCUCCAGUUUGGUGACGCAUCGGCGGCGGCAUUCCGGGGAAAAUCCCUACAAAUGCCCGGAUUGCGGGAAAUCCUUCAGCGUGGGGUCGGCGUUUAUCCAACACCAACGGAUCCACGGCGGCGCGGCGCCGUGUCGCUGCGGGAUCUGCGGGAAGAGUUUCCCGGCGAGUUCGGGGUUGGUGAAGCACCAAAAGGUUCAUUUGGAGGAGAAACCCUACAAAUGCGGGGAUUGCGGGAAGGGGUUUAAUUGGAAUUCUCAUUUGGAGCGGCACCGGAGGAUUCACACCGGAGAAAAACCCUACGAGUGCCCGGAAUGCGGGAAGAGUUUUUCCUGGAGUUCGCAUUUGGAUCGGCAUCGCCGAACCCACGCGGCGGCGGCGGCGGCGGAAAACGCCGGGAGAUGCGCGGAGUGCGGGGAAUGCGGGAAGGGAUUCCCUAAAAACCCCCGGAAUCCCCAAAUCCCGAAAAAACGCCGGGAAUCGUCGGAAAAGCCGCACAAAUGCGGGGAAUGCGGGAAGGGAUUCGGCGCGGCGGCGGCGUUGGCGCAGCACCGGCGCGGUCACGCUCCCGGCAAACCUUACGAGUGCCGGGAAUGCGGGAAAAGCUUUUCCUGGAGUUCCCACUUGGAUCGGCACCGCCGGAUCCACAUGGGGGAAAAACCUUUCCGCUGCGGGAAUUGCGGGAAGAGUUUUUCCCAAAGUUCCCACUUGGAGCGGCACCGGAAAAUCCACGGGGAGCCGUGCGGGGAAUGCGGGAAAAACAAGGGGAAAAAAAGCGGGAGAAGCUUCCGGAAGCGCUGUCGGGUUUUAGGGGAGGAGUGCGGGGAUUGCGGGGCGGAUUCGGAGUGGGAGGAGGAGGAGGAAAAAUGCGGGGAGUGCGGGAAAAAUUCGGGAUCGGCGGCGGGAUCGAGCGGCGGGAAUUUGAAGGAUCAAGGGACGCAAACCGGGGAGAAACCGUUCGCGUGUCCGGAGUGCGGGAAAAGCUUCGGGCAAAAUUCGGCGUUGGCCAAACACCGGCGGCUUCACAGCGGAGAAAAACCCUACAAAUGUCCGGAAUGCGGGAAAAGCUUCGGAGUUCGAUCCAAUCUCAUCAAACACCAACGGACUCACCUGGGGGAGAAACCCUACAAAUGUCCGGAAUGUUCCAAAGGCUUCAUCCAAAAAUCCGACCUCACCAAGCACCGCCGGAUGCACACGGGGGAAAAACCCUACGAGUGCCGGGAGUGCGGGAAAUGUUUCAGCGUCUCCUCCAACCUCAUCAAACAUCAACGGAUUCAUCUGGGGGAAAAACCCUUCCAGUGCUCGGAGUGCGGGAAAAGCUUCAUCCAACGCUCCGAGCUCACCAUCCAUCGCCGCGUCCACACCGGAGAGAAACCCUACAAGUGUCCGGAGUGCGGGAAAUGCUUCAGCCGCAGCUCCCACCUCAACCGGCACCAGCGCACCCACGCCGGCGACAAGGCCGGACGCGCCAAAGCCGCCGCGGUUUCGGCGGCUUCGUCUUCGGCGGCGUCGGCGUCUUCGUCGGCGUCGGCGUCUUCGUCGUCCUCGCGGGCGGUUCCGGCUCCGGCGGUUCCCGGGGGUUUGGCUUUCCCGGCGUUCCCGGGCUCCUCGGCCGUGCCGGCGGCGUUGGAGCUGCCCUGGGCGUUGGCGUUGCCGGGCCGGGCGUUCCCGGGUUUUCCGGCGGGUUCGGUGGGUAAUUAGUGGAGGGGUUAAUUGGGGUGGGUGGUAAUUAGGGUUGGGUUUGGUCGUUAAUUAAGUGGGGGGAUGGGGAGUUCCCAGCGUUCCGUGGUUCCCGGCGUUCCCAGUGCUCCCAGUGCCCAACUGGGAUCAAAGAUCCAACGUUGGGAUUGGUCCCAAUUAAUUCCCAUAACUAAUUAACGAUCUCUAAUUAAUUAGGGGUGAAUCCAUUCAUUAAUUCAUUAAUUAAGUGAGGAAUUCCCAUCAUUCCAUGGUUCCGGUCACUUCCCAGCAUUCCCAGUGCUCCCAGUGCCCAACUGGGAUUGGUUGACCCCAAGACUCAACGUUGGGAUUGGUCCCAACUCGUUCCCAUGGCUAAUUAACAAUCUCUAAUUAAUCAGGGGUGAAUUUAUUCAUUAAUUCAUUAAUUAAGUGAGGAAUUCCCAUCAUUCCAUGGUUCCCACCAUUCCCAGUGCUCCCAGUGCCCAACUGGGAUUGCCCAACCCAACACUGGGGGCUCUUCCCAACCCUCCAAAAAUUCUUCAAUUUGGGGGAAAAAUAAAAAAAAUUUGGGAAAACCCAGCGGAAAAUUGGGAAAAACACUGAAAUCUGGGAAACCAACCCAAAAUUGGGGAAAAAACUCAAAAUUCCGGGGAAAAAACCUGGAAAGUUGGAAAAAAAUGGAAAAAAUUCCAGGAAAAGAUUGGGAAUUUGGGGAAAAAACCCUCAAAGUUUGGGGGAAAAAAAACGGGAAAAUUUGGGGGAAAAAUUGGGAUUUAGGGGAAAAUAUAAAAAUUUGGGAAUUGAGUUGAGGUUUCUUCGUCUUCGUCGUCCUCGCGGGCGGUUCCGGCUCCGGCGGUUCCCGGGGGUUUGGCUUUCCCGGCGUUCCCGGGCUCCUCGGCCGUGCCGGCGGCGUUGGAGCUGCCCUGGGCGUUGGCGUUGCCGGGCCGGGCGUUCCCGGGUUUUCCGGCGGGUUCGGUGGGUAAUUAGUGGAGGGGUUAAUUGGGGUGGGUGGUAAUUAGGGUUGGGUUUGGUUGUUAAUUAAGUGGGGGGAUGGGGGGUUCCCAGCGUUCCGUGGUUCCCGGCGUUCCCAGUGCUCCCAGUGCCCAACUGGGAUCAAAGAUCCAACCUUGGGAUUGGUCCCAAUUCGUUCCCAUGGCUAAUUAAUGAUCUCUAAUUAAUCAGCGGUGAAUCCAUUCAUUAAUUCAUUAAUUAAGUGAGGAAUUCCCAUCAUUCCGUGGUUCUCAGCAUUCCCAGUGCUCCCAGUGCCCAACUGGGAUUGGUCGACCCCAAGACUCAACGUUGGGAUUGGUCCCAAUUAAUUCCCAUGGCUAAUUAACGAUCUCUAAUUAAUUAGGGGUGAAUCCAUUCAUUAAUUCAUUAAUUAAGUGAGGAAUUCCCAUCAUUCCAUGGUUCCCACCAUUCCCAGUGCUCCCAGUGCCCAACUGGGAUUGCCCAACCCAACACUGGGGGCUCUUCCCAACCCUCCAAAAAUUCUUAAAUUUGGGGGAAAAAAAAAAAACAAAAAAUUUGGGAAAACCCAGCGGAAAUUUGGGAAAAACACUGAAAUCUGGGAAACCAACCCAAAAUUGGGGAAAAAACUCAAAAUUCCAGGAAAAAACCUGGAAAGUUGGGAAAAAACGGAAAAAAAUCCAGGAAAAGAUUCGGAAUUUGGGGAAAAAAACCUCAAAGUUUGGG